CAUUCCUCCCUAGACUAUUGACGGGUGCAGAAGGGUGUGCGUAAGGUUGUAAAAUCUCGUACUCUCACCCGAUAACGCCGAUUUUUAAUUAUUUUACGUAUAAUGAGGAAUUCAUAUUUAUCAAACGUCUCGAAUUUUUAAACCCACAACAUCAAAGUACAGGACGAUUUUUUUUCUACAUGAAUCGUCUACAGAUUCUUUGAUUUAGAGCUCGGACGUUAUUGACGAAUGUGUCUUCGCACUCUUGGCAAUUUUACAGUGACAUUUCUGGAAGAUUCCUGAGACGAAAUCAACCCCGGUCGGAUCGAAACGCUCGGUGAACUUUGUACUCCCCAAAAGCGACCUUUACUGGAUCGACGACAGCCAUGGAAUACAAAGUGGAAGCCCACCGGAUUAUGAGUAUUUCCUUGGGGAAAAUCUACAACUCUCGCGUUCAGCGAGGCGGCAUUAAACUGCACAAAAACCUCCUGGUUUCGCUGGUCCUCCGCAGCGCCCGCCAGGUUUAUCUGAGCGACUUCUACAGCGGCGCGUGUCUGAACGAGCAGAGCGAGCGCGAGGGAAAGGAAUGGGACCUUAUUGAUUCAGAGCGGGAGAAAUUCCCGCCCGCCACGGAGGAAUGCGACCAGACGGAGGAAACCAGACAAAAUGACCAGCCUCCGAUAAACGAGACGGUUGAGAAAGCCGACGACGAGGAGGUUAAACCAGACGCAGAGCACUGUACUCCCACUCCAGAAGAGCAAAGCCAAAAUUCAUCAUCGGACCUGGCUGAUAGCGUUUCAUCUGAAUCAUCGGUGCCUGAUGCUAUCAAGCAAAACCAAGAGAGUCCCGCGGACAGUACGAACGCGACGCUCGAGGAGUCGAACCAACCGCAAAAAACGCACGUUUGUACAAACAGGAAAAGAGGCGCGGAAGAGUCAGCGCGCGAGGACGCGCCUCAAAAACGGACCAAAGUCACUUCCUCAAACGCGAGCGACGACGAGGAAAGCGAGGAAAUGGAAACGGGCAACGUGUCUAACCUCAUAACGAUCUUUGGCUCCAGUUUUUCAGGACUUCUCAGCAAAGAUGGCGCUAAACCCGAGGCUGAGGCGGAGGAGAGUGACUCUGGGUCGGGACAGAUCUGUUGCGACCAAAUGCUUAAAAACUUAAACCCCUGGAGUACAGCGAUUGUGGCUUUCUGACUUUAAAAAAGCCACGUGUGGCGUACUGUACCGUAGGUCCUCAUCCGGGUUGCUCUCGAUGCAAUUGUAACACGUGGUGAGGCGUGGGACUUCCCGGCCAGCCCAGCACACUUCAGUGGUACUACAAGCUCAGUUUGGCUUGUGAAGAUGUCUGGGCAUGAAUAGUGGUGCUACAUGAGGGGAUUACAGCUUCUGACAUCACCGCAUAGGAAUUUAAGUUUUAAACUCUCAUUCAGACUCCGUUUAAUAAGCCAUGCAACGGAAUGGUGGUAUUGCAACAUACGCGAAAGUGUUAUGGACUUGAUUCACAGCAAACUUUGAGAUGUAUGCCACAGUUUUAACGUCUUUGUUUUAUAAAGACCUGUACAUUUUGUAAUAUUGAGUGUGUGUGUACAUAUUGUUGCCCAUGUUGCAUUGAAUCUAUGUAUUUUGGUAUUUACUAUCAUGACAAUUUACGUGGUGCUCACGUAUUAAAGCAUUGUGAAAUUA